AUGCUACGCAGCACACUACUGCCGGCAAAGUCUAUCCGCCUUGCACGCUUUGACCGACUUGCUUCGCGCAACCACUCGCUCACUGCCCGAAGCUACUCUUCCUCCAAGCCGCCUCAAAAGAAUCACCCGAGUCCCCUUGGAUUUGCGCUGAUUGCCAUUGCUGCGUUUGGUACUUUCGCCUACAUCUCUCGCACCCGCCACGACGAUCCGCAAAAGCACCUACGCGAGAAACGUAUCCCUCAUCCCAAUCCGCUCAUCCCCCCACGCUCGCAGGAACCUCAGUGA